AUGGGUAAUUACUUCAACCAACAAGCAAAUCCAAAUUAGGGAUUAUUACAAUUUUUAAGAUAACUAAACUUACCUGAAAUUCAAAAGGUUUCCAAAUAUGUACAAUAAAAUUACCCAGCAACUAAUUUGUUAUCCUUGGGUGAAUUCUUUGAUGUCUAUCAUGACAUACUUAAAUAACAUUGUGGUGAAAUGUUUGAGACUCUCGAGAAUAAUCAUAGUACAGAUGGCUAAACAGAUAUCUAUGAGAGUCAAGCAGUUUUAAUCAUUUUUUCUGAUACCGAUUUUGCUACUAAGGUCAAAUACAUAAGUUAAGUAUUCGAUUUGGACAAAUCUCAAAAGCUUGAAAAGAUCGAACUUAUCAUGAUUUUCUAAACAGCCAUCAGAGCAUUGUGCAAAAUUGUCAAGAUGAAACCUCCUGGAUUUACUGAUAUUGAAUAUUAUGUUGAUGCCAUUUUUAUUGAAAUAGACAAAAAUCUAGAUCGUACCAUCUCAUAUGAAGAACUAUAUUAUUGGUUGGAUAACAACUAUCAACUUUAGGAUUUUUUAUUAAAAUAUGCCUUAACUCAAACCUAUUAAAAUGCUAAGAGAAGAACUCGAGAGAUUUUCGAUUCUAAAGCCUUGUUCAAACGGGAUCAAGAGAAAUGGAUUUAAGACUACAUUAACUAAGCUGAAGAAAGCUACAGUCAACUAUUACAAAGAAAGAAACUAGUUUCUGAUAGAGUCAAGGAUGAAAUCAAUUAUGCUUGGUCAGCAUUCAAGGCAACUGAUAUCAAUGAUGAUGGUACUAUAUCUGUGAGAGAAUUGCCUUACUUAAUUUAUGGAUUUGAAGGGAUCAUAAUUAAAGAUGCCAAAAAAAGGUUUGCCUAAUUAGAUAAAGAUAAGAGUGGAAGCAUUUCUCUAUAAGAAUGGUUUAAUUUCUUAUCAUUGGCUUAGGGAGUAGACAUUUGCAAAUCUAUUGUCAAGAGGUAUUUUCUUAAAAGAGAUACUAACAACGUAGGCAGUCUGAAUAAUCAGUAAUCCUGCUAAGUAUUAAGAGAUACUCUCUCAAACGAUGGUUUCGAAUUAUACUUUAAAGGUUUUGAAAGUUAUAUAAAUGAACAUUCAACUUUGGAUAAAAUGUCGAUAUAAUAAUUAUAAGACUUUGUAGAAGGUCCAAUGAGAAGAAUUAUUUAAGAUAAGUAAGAACUAAUGGAAAAAGAGAAGGAAAGAAAACAAAUUUAAAAUGAAAAAAUUAUAUGA